AUGGGCGCUCUGAUGUCCUGCAUGUCCGGCACGUCCCCCUCCGACUCCCCGCCGCAGGCCAAGCGCCGCUCCUCCGCGGCGGCGCUCGUGCUGGGGCAGCGCGGAGGGGGAGGCGCGUUCGACCGGUCCGCGUCGGUGCGGUACGCCGCGAAGCGGCAGCAGCAGGGCCUGCCGCUGCCCAGGAGCUCCAGCACGCGCCCGCGCUCCCUCGCCGACCCCGAGCUCCAGCCGCAGCACCUCCUCGCCAAGGAGUUGAAUACUAAAGAUUUGGAAACCAACAUAAUUGUUCUUGUUCACGGAGGUGGGUUUGGUGCUUGGUGUUGGUACAAGACCAUGUCACUUCUUGAAGAUAGUGGGUUCAAAGUCAAUGCUAUUGACUUAACAGGCUCCGGGAUUAAUUCUUCUGAUACAAACAAGAUUAGCAGUCUUUCAGAGUAUGCUGAGCCACUUACAUCUUACCUUAAGGGCCUAGGUGAUGCUGAAAAGGUUAUCUUGGUUGGACAUGAUUUUGGGGGUGCUUGCAUAUCCCAUGCGAUGGAGAUGUUUCCAUCGAAAGUUGCCAAGGCUGUUUUCCUGUGUGCAACAAUGCUGACAAAUGGACAUAAUGCUCUUGAUAUCUUCCAACAACAGAUGGAUACAAAUGGUAUGCUCCAAAAGGCACAGGAAUUAGUAUACUCCAAUGGCAAGGACCGGCCUCCCACCGCUAUCAACAUCGACAGGGCUUCAGUAAGAGAUCUAUUAUUCAACCAAAGUCCUGCCAAGGAUGUGUCCUUGGCUUCAGUGUCCAUGAGACCUAUCCCCUUUGCCCCGGUAAUGGAGAAACUCACGCUAACAGAAGGGAACUACGGAUCCGUGCGGCGAUUCUUUGUCGAGACAACGGAGGACAACGCGAUACCCCUUUCCCUUCAGCAGAGCAUGUGUGUGAGUAACCCGCCAGAGAAGGUCCUGCGGCUGAAAGGUUCAGACCACGCCCCUUUCUUCUCGAGGCCGCAGGCGUUGCACAAAACGCUGGUAGAGAUAGCAACCCUGCCGCGAGCACAGGCAUCAUGA